AUGCAAAUGGAAUCAUGGCGACAACGAGGAUAUGUCCCCGACUCGGACGAGGAAGAUGGAUUCGAUUCUCUAGAUGCGAAGAACGAUAAUGUCGAAAAUAGCCCUGUCAUCGAAAAUCUCGAAUAUAUCAACAACCCUUCAUCUUCGCCGAAGGAAGGGACGAGUGUAACGAAGGAGCAGCAAGAGCAUGUUCGGGCUGAGAAUGGCUCCAUCACGCUCUCAGAUACAGAGGAGGUGGUUCGUCGGCACACGAAUGGACCAAGUCCUCACCUGACAAAAGCCGCGCAUGACGAAACGACACCAAAACAACGGAGAGGACGCAAGACCUACGGACUUCGAUCGUCGGCUACGAAAUCAACGAAUCGCCGCAGGAUCGAGCUGCAUCAUACCAAUUCCCCCGCAAAGAAUACAGCCAGCAUAUACGAUUUCCCAACGUCAUCGCAGGAACAUGACAGCCCUAAAUCGAAGCCCUCGAGCCGCGAGUCUACACCGAAACCCUUGAAGACCACAGGACUCUCGCAACCACAAGUUAUAGUAGAGCCGCACAACUCGAGGGCAAACACACAGGAUGAAACCUCAAGCACCCGGAGCUCCUCUCCUGACGAGCUGAUGUUGAUACCUCAGCCAACUCGGAAGAAAAAGCCCGUGGCCCAGCAUGUCCAGCCAAUAGAGGCGCCACAAUUACCACCACCACCACUACAGGAUGUUUCGGAUGAUGAUUCUCCGUUAUCUUCUGUACCGUCAUCCUUGAGUUCUCCACCGGCCAACGAUUCUACAAAAACACAGGCAGAUGGUGGGAUGGGGGCAGAACCAGAAAGACCGGCAGAUAGGGAGGCAGAUCUUCGACAGGCAGUGCUCGUUGAACUAGAUGCCAAUCCGAACGAUGCAUUACCCCAUCUUGAUAUCCCCGAAGAAGUGUUGCGAGAAUUACCGCAUGCUGCGCAAAGAACAUUCCGGAAGCGCAACGCCAUCCAACUGCACCCGUACCAUCUGGAAUAUAUGAAGUUUAACCAGCAACUGGUAGCGCGGGGCGUCAAGCCUUUUGGUCGACCUGCGCAGCAAAGACAGCAGAUUACUGAUGAAAGCCAAGGGCAGGAUUCAUAUGACCCCAAUGCACCUCCGUCAAGUCCCCCUCUUGAAGAGUAUCUUCCACCGAUAAGACAUGAGCGACAUCGUGGCCCACAAUCUGAUGCGGAACGCAACGACUCAGAGCAUCCUCGGCCAUCGCAAGCUCAUUUGGCAAAGCGGCAGAAGACUUCUCAUUCUGAAACUCCAAAAGAACGUCGAAAUUUACACAAACCGUCCAAACCUCGUGGCAUCAGAGACAACAAUACAGCUACAGCUACUGGGGAUCAAAACGGUCUCUCCAUAUAUGAUCUAUCAUCUAGCCCUCCACACGCAGGCCGUUUGUCUUCGACCUCCAGGACCCCUCGUGCAUCAGAAGGAGGGUUCCGGUUUCCUCAAGAACCCGGCCAGGUCCAAUCACCUGGUGCAGGUACAGAUGAUGAUGAGGAAGUACAGUCAAUCUCGUCCAACGGCCAGAGUGACCAAGAAGAAACCAAGUCAGCUGCCGAAGAGCGUGAAAUUCGACGAUUCCAACGAAUGAUUCGAGGAGCGCUCCCUGCCUCACAUGCUCGGCUGAAUCAGAAGAAAAAAGCAGACAAAGAAAAAGCCUCGCAACUAGAUCGUCAUGCUUCCUCGCAACGGCCGGAUGGAAAGGGUGUUGCACGGAAGCUCAUUCGAAAGGGUGAUCGAUCAAGGCAACCAGCAACGCAACAACCAAGGGGCUUGUUUGAUCUUGGAGAUUCUGACUCGGACGAUGAGAACAACCGCAAUGACACCACAGGGUAUGCUUCCAUAGCCGAUGACUCCAGCCAGAGGUUAACUGGCACCCUUGACGUCGAAGACCCCUUCGCGCUGGAAGGGGGUGAUAUCUCUGAGGAUAAUCGCAUCGACUACAUGUUCGGGCCUGUUUCGCGCAACUCAACGCGUUCUCGGCCCAAAACAAACAGUUUGAAAAGGCCGAAAUCGAAACAAAGUUUGCUCAAUGGGGAGAGACAACCGAAGAGACCUCGACAAACCCGAAUGACCGACGCCUCGUAUGGAGCACGAAGGACCAAGAAACCCUCAACCGCCCAGCGACCAAGGAUAGGAAUCUUGGAUGCGCCAGAUGUUGCCACGAAGCCUCGAACAGAGCAAUCGAGACUUCUUAGGGUAGCAACAAGACGACCACGCUCGCGUAAAGACGGAGGCAGACAGAGCCCUACUCAGAAGUUCGUGAAACUGGCCUCAAGGGAGGACACAGUGGAUGCAAAUGAGUCCUUGCGAGAUUGGAAAAGAGGAGCUAUUCGGCAGGCCAAGAUUAGCCCACCUCGUCCCAGAGCUCCCCAACACCGGCAUUGGGCAACAAAUCUUUCGAUUCUCAAUGCUCGAGCCAAAUCAAAUUCCAAAAUCGGCCGGAUACCGAACCAAUUCCUUAACGCAGAGGCAGAUACCGACGUUUCAAACACCAACGCAGUGGAACUGGAACGGACACAAGCACCGCCUGAAUCUGGUGCAGUAUCAGUCCCACCAAACCAAGCCCCAGUGGCUGAGUCCUCGUCCCGCCGAAAACCAGAGCAGCACGGUCACACAUGGGUUAUUCCUAGGAAUGUUGCCAUAACAUCUUUGAAGAGGAACAACAUUAGGCCUGCAGCAACUAGUUUGGCUGGUCCUGGUAAAAGCCAAACUGUGCUUCCGGCUAUGUUCAACCAGUCAUUGUCUAUUCUCAAUCGGCACUAUAAAAACCAGCGCACAUCUAAACCUUACAAGCCCAGCUUGACCUUGGAUCGAUAUGUCUCCGACAGUGGAUCAUUGAGUAUUGCAGGCAACUCUUCCCCCAUGAAUGCUUCUGUUGCCGCUGCUGCCGCCUCAGCCAAAGCACGAACUCAAGCACAAUCCCAAAAACCCCCCGUAUCUCGACGGCGGCUGAAGAAGCACCAACCCACCCGAAUCAAUCUCGAUGCCGACGAAUUCCGUCAAAAUCCAGAUCCUGCUACCAUAGUCUCUGAUGACUCGGAAACUCUGACCAUAACUGACGUCGGACAUGCACGUCCUUCGACUUUCAGCGUCGGUGGGCUUUUCAACUGGCAACGCUUCUAUCCGGUCGACUUCGGAGUACCAUCCCUACGUGACAAUACAUUCUUCCAUGAGAGUACAUUCAUAGGAAGCGGGGAAUUUUCUCGUUCGUUGCGAAUCGCCGAGCGGGACUUUGAUGGGGAUGCCCCUCCAUUCUCCAUCGAGCUCAGAAACGAGACUUUCAAAUGGAGUCGCUGGAACGAUACAGUAUCAUCGGAGAUGGGGCAAGUCUUUGAUGUCAUAAUCGAUAAUGUUGAGCGAAGUGCUGUUACCACCCCAGAUACUGGCAUUACGGCUGCUCUAGGGGUGGCAUGGCGAUUAUACAGGUUAUUGAUCAAGUACAUCACGGGAAACCUGGUUUUCAUUGACCCGGUUGACCGUACGGGCUUCGUCACUAGAGCCAUGGGGUUGGUCUCCCAGGCGAGAGAUCCGUUGGCCGCCUUUCUGAUUAGCGACGAAUACAACAAGAGUGGGCUCGUCAAGAUUGCUUUCUUCAACAUGGUUUUCUCGAACCAAAUAUAUCAAGUUGCUUCUCAUCGGCUCGUCAGCCCUGCCCUUGCGGCUGAAGCUUUUGAUCUUGUCAAAAUAUCCGCUAAAGACGUCGCAGGCUUGAUCACGUUCAAAGUCGGUUCUUCUGAGUUCAAAGCAUUGUUCAAGGAAAACAACGAGCCUGAACGCCACGAGUCGGGGAUUCGCGAUGAGUAUCCAUCGGCAGAGGCUUACGUUGUCACCAAACAUCUUCUACGCAGCUCAGACAACUACAAGGGCUGCUUUGAAGAUCUUCAGCUCGAGACCUUCAACAAUGGACUUAUUCGCAAUGAAAGGGACGUGGGCAGCUUAGAGGAUGGAUGGCGUGCCAUUUUUACAGUCUUGCCCCUCAACGAAAUAGAUCUGCUCGGGAUUGCGCGCCCUGGUUAUCAGCUGACAGCCGCUAAUGACAAUUGGAAAUUGGCCAAACGGCUUCUCGCCCCAGCUCUGGACCAUUUCGAGUCCAACUCCAAGGCGCAACCUAUCUCAUACAAUAGCUACUGUCGAACCCUGUUUCUCAGAUGUCACCGCCUUAUCAAUUCCAGGGGGUGGAGAGAAUGCAAACCUAUCUUGGACACGCUAUUCGACUUCUUCGCCAAGAAUACCCUGCACAACCUGAAACUCGAGGAAGCUCGUGGCUCACCUUCGUUUCUUGACGAACUUGAUAGCAAUCCUUCUCUGGAUGCCCGAGUGGGGGAACCUUGUUUCCACACAUUUCUGAAGAUUGUAGCAAGUGGCCUCCGCUUCUUGACGAAGAGAUAUGACAAGAAAAAGAUUCGAAACUUUGCCUGGCGUCUUCUGCCAAACCAUGGCCGUGUAUACCCGAAAGAGCAGCCCCUACAGCACGAGGACCUCGAUGCACUAAGAAAUCACCACGAUCUUCUUAGCACCUUGUACUGGGCUGUUCCUGAUGGGUGUCGCCCUCGACUAGAGACGAUACGCAAUCUGGUCCAUCCUGCCACUUCACAUCGCGAAGCGUGCAGUAUCAAUUUGCGCUCAUGGUCAAGGCUUGUUCGAUUCAAGCUUUCUACGGAUGAAGAAGUUUCGGGGCUCGAUCCGUUUGGAGACUGGUACGGCUAUUUUGUCACGGAACUGCAGCAACAGCAUUCAUAUGCUCGCAAAGAGAUUGAGGCUCAAAACACAGACGACAAUCGGGUUUCUCAACAGCUUGUUGAACGCACUAUCUCCCAGAACCAGCGGCAGAUCGAGACCUUGUUGAGCAAUGCGCUUAGCGGGCUGCGAAUUGCUGUGCAACUGGCCCCGAAACUGGAGCAUGCACACAGACUUGUUCGCAGAACUCCUUUUGAGUCUAUCCUUGCACUUUUUAACCCCAAGCUCCCGCGCGUGAAUGUCGUUGUAUCUGAGGCGCUGCAGGUCCUGGUUGCUUACACCCAGAAAGACGUUCCAGCUGCAUCCACACUAGAUGCUUCUGCGGCAGUGAAUACUGAUGAGGACAGUCAGGAGUUCGGUGACUGGGAUGCCAUUCAGGCCGUUUGGGAUCAGCAAACUUCCCCUAGUGAAGGUAUUGAACAUGUGGAGAGGGCUUUCCAUCCGAUUGUAUCUCGUCUCGUUUCGAACUGCUUUGGUGAGGACCACUGUCCAGAGGAUGCCAUUCUUCUCAACGUGGUAGAAUGCUGGACAUCAAUCGCGCAGGUUCUCAUUCGCCAUGGCCUCCGAAAUUGGGACAAUUAUUUGAGCGAGUUCGGCGAUGAUUCAUGGACGCGGCUUCGACAGACAGUUCAGACAAGAAAGUUUGCACCGCUGUUCCUUGCGGCAUGCAUCGAAAAGGACGCGCAGAUUGUUUCUGAUUGCCGAAUCCAAGUUAUGAGUAUGUGGGUGUCAUCGCUGGUCGAGCGCUCCUCGAUGUUGAAGUUUCAACAUCGUCUCACGGAGGCGCUUUUGAACGGAAGUCCCACAGAUCCCUUGCUUGCCAAUCUUCCGUUCUCCAAGGAUAAGAGGGUUGGCCGGUAUACAAUCACAUUGGAGGAAAUUGGCUCUCGGCGAUUAUCUCUCCUCUCGAGCCUAUCGUCUAAUAUGCGUGAGCAGCUCCAGGACAUGGAACUUUCUGGCAGUCGGAACUUCUCUGUGACCAAACAAGAGUACUCCGAGAUGCUUCAGCGGGUGAUGACGUCUAUGAAAGACAACUACCAAGAGCUAGGUAACGGAACAGCGCAGGCUGCUCAAGGAGAAUACGUCGAGUUCGUGCAACGCGUCAUCGGUUUCCUUCAGCAGCAUACUAGCGACAUCAAACCCAUCGACCCCUUCUUCACGGACCCUGCUUCGUUCCCUUUGCCAUCUAGCGACCCGCGCUACAUUGUUGCGAAGCUCAAACGUUACGAGUCAAAGUUGUCGUCCAGCAAAGAGAUCCAGACCUUGACUGGGUUUGUUCAGAGCAUUUCCGAGCGCGCUGCCAUUGACGGCCAGCAGAGCUACCUGGUUGACCAGUUGCACACAUCGAUGAAAAAUACCUACGAAGCUGGGGACAAGGACAAACCCACUCUCCGCGCCGUGCUCUUGCAAUGUGUAUUUCCAGCAUAUCUCGAAGCGAUGCUUCUCAACCACGCUGCCUGGAUCCUCAGCCGUCCCAUCAUCCAGACCAUCACGCUGGAGUUCAAGAACCUUAUAUGUAACAUAGACACUCUGGAUCCAGCCUGCGUGUCUUCUGUCAUCGAUAUCAUCGAUGUUGUAUGCCGAGUCUCCUGUCAAUCACUGGCUGCGGUUGCCUCCCGUCGCCAUCGUCUGCAAAGUCCUCCAACUUUACUCAUGCUUGCCGCCUUCCUUGAUAUGAUCUCCUCGGCAUUACCAGUGGUAGAUUACAUCGAUCGAACUACCGGUGCUGGGGAGGGUAUUCUCAUGCACAUCGAGUGGAUCCGCGAUUUCGCCAAAGCCGUGAGUAAAUGUCUACACGACAUAAAUUCAGAUGCAGACUUGUCCUCGAGUAGUGCCCAUAUCGCAUUCCCUGCGAUCCCACCGCCCUCUGAUAGCAGGAAAACUGAGCUAUUUAGCACAGCUAAUAGCAUCGCCUCGAAUGAUCUCCAGAUCUAUCUCAGAAAAUGGUCUUAUCAUCAGGACAAGUACUACUUUAUUCGUCCCGGUCAUGAGUCACUGGAAAUCACAAUCGAGCCUGAGCUUGCUGUUCUGGCUGCGAGUCACAGUGAAGCGCAAAAGACCUUUGAAGAUGCGGCGGUGGGAUUCAUUGAUCGUGCGAAGGCUCUGGAGUUACUGUCUUGA